CAAAAAAUUUGUAUUACGGCAUACAAUAAAUUUGUUGGUACACAAAAGAACAAUGAAAUUGCAUAUUUUGUCAAUAUAUUUUAUUAUUGUGUUCAUUUCAUUUUAUUUGAAAGUUGAAGUUGAUGGUGCUGGUUCUUCAAUUAAAUGCGCUAUUUGUUUGAGAAAGCCAAUCAAAGAUAUUUGUAUAACACCAUGUGUACAUAAAUUUUGUAAAGUAUGUAUAAACACAUGGUUACAAGAUAAUAAUACAUGUCCAAUGUGUCGAACUCUACUUAAUGAAAACAAUGAUUUUCUUGAAGAUAUACUUAGAGAAAGUGAACAUGAUCGUCAUCGUCCAUCAAAUCGUGAACAUGAUCGUCAUCGUCCAUCAAAUCGUAUAGGUGUUAGCAGUGGUACUUCAUCUGGUAUAGGUGUUAGCAGUAGUACUUCAACUGGUGAACAUGAUCGUCAUCGUCCAUCAAAUCGUAUAGGUGUUAGCAGUGGUACUUCAUCUGGUAUAGGUGUUAGCAGUAGUACUUCAACUGGUGAACAUGAUCGUCAUCGUCCAUCAAAUCGUAUAGGUGUUAGCAGUGGUACUUCAUCUGGUAUAGGUGUUAGCAGUAGUACUUCAACUGGUGAACAGGAUCGUCAUCGUCAGUCAAAUCGUGAACAUGAACGUCAUCGUCCAUCAAAUCGUAUAGGUGUUAGCAGUGGUACUUCAUCUGGUGAUCGUGAUCAUCGUCGUCCUUCAAAUCGUGAACAGGAUCGUCAUCGUCCAUCAAAUCGUAUAGGUGUUAACAGUGGUCCUUCAAAUCGCGAGGGUGAUGGUAGUGAUUCUUCAAGUGAUUCAGAUAGCACAAGUUCUGAUGAGGAAAUUAUACAGAAUAAUGGUGGUGGUGUUAUGACAUGUCGGCCAAUGUAAUGUACUAAAACUAUGGUGACAGUUAAGAAAAGAAAUUAAUAUGAAUUAAGAAGAAUGAAUUAAAACAUAAUUUAUUAAUUAAUGUUAACAAUGUACAAGUUUAUUUAAAUAUAUGUAAAAUAUGUUUGCUAUAUAAAAUAUAUAUGAUUAUAAUGUUAAAUAUUGUUAAUAUUAGAGCAA